UACGUAAAGUGGACACAACACCUUCCUUUACACACACGGAAUCAAUUUAUGGAAAACAAUCUGUUAGUUAGCUCAAAUUUUAUUAGUACUCUCAAAGUAUACCUCUUUAUAGUGUUAUUUUGGUUAGUAUCUAUCAAGACGUGCGUUAUAUACAAUGCCAUACAUUAUGAUUAGUACGCAAGUACAAUUGGAAAGGGGCCCAACAACGGUUGGUGAUGAAAUGAGUGACCUAGAAAUCAUGCAGUACCUUGGAGCCUCACUAUCAAAACAACUUGGAAAUAAUUUCCCCGAGUACAAAGUUGCCGAUCCUCCCCGUGUUGUUAUGAAUAAGCUGGAGAAGAUUGGGUACAAAGUGGUUGCCAUGACAGGCGUUGGGCAGACGUGUAUAUGGACGAUGCACAGAGCAGUAGAGUUGGGAAGAAUUUGGCCCGCACCCAGCCUAACCAGCAUGUAGGCUCUAUCCCGGCGUGUUUUCUGCUGCUUUCAAAGGAUUUUAUAAAUCAAGCAUUUAUUUGAUCCAUCCUGUGUAAUAAACUGCAGAUCCAUUUUAAAUCAACUACUGCCCCACGCACUUCAGUUUCAAAUUCAUAUGAAAAUUGUAACAAAUAUGCCUGUCAUCUACUUGGAUAAAUCUGAAUUAUGGCCUCAGUAUUCCAAGUAUUUUGUUUAAAGAAGUGGUCAUUAUGCAAACCAUAUUAGGUGUAACCAGGGCCGUAGCUAGCAUGGAAAGCAUUAUAGAAACUUAAAGAAAAGGAGUUUUAGACUAUUAACUACGUCCCCCCCCCAAAAAAAAAAAAAA